GGCACGUCAUUUCAAAUUAAAUAUUUUUUUAUUCAUUUUAAUUUAUAUAUAUAUAUAUAUAUAUAUAUACACCCUAGUUCUCGUAUGCCCGUCUGUACCGUGUCUGAUCUAAUAAUUUCCUCUCGCUUUUCUUGAGAAAUCAAUCUGUCAAUCAUUCCGAGGGAGAGAUCGCUCUCUGUGCGAGGCAAUAAAGCUGAAAGAGAAGUUGAAGAAACUACGGCUAUUACAUUCUUUCUCACUCAGGUCGUUAUGGGGGGGCAGCAGUUUGAUUGCUUUUCGUCUUUCUGAACAUUAAAGUUGGAUAAGUUCUUUUCACAUUAUCUGCUGAAGUCUUGAUUUAUUUUCAGCAGAACUACUGAAGCUGUCCCAAGGAUUCCCAUUUAUUUUUGUGGUCAUGGCAACUAAUGAAAACCUUCCACCAAAUGUAAUAAAGCAACUGGCAAAGGAAUUGAAGAAUCUUGAUGAAACCCCUCCUGAGGGCAUUAAAGUUAGUGUAAAUGAGGAUGAUUUUUCAACUAUAUUUGCUGAUAUCGAAGGCCCAGCUGGGACUCCCUAUGAGAAUGGUGUUUUCCGCAUGAAGCUGUUAUUGUCUCGUGAUUUUCCUCAAUCCCCUCCCAAGGGUUAUUUUGUGACCAAGAUUUUUCAUCCAAAUAUUGCAACUAAUGGUGAGAUUUGUGUGAACACAUUGAAAAAGGAUUGGAACCCCUCUCUUGGAUUACGGCAUGUCCUCAUUGUAGUCAGGUGUUUACUAAUUGAACCAUUUCCAGAAUCAGCUUUGAAUGAACAGGCUGGCAAAAUGCUACUUGAAAACUAUGAGGAAUAUGCCAGGCAUGCCAGACUCUAUACUGGAAUUCACGCGCUUAAAGCAAAACCCAAGGUUAAAACAGGAGCUAUUUCUGAGUCAACCACUGCUCUGAAUGUCGACCAGACGAACGCCUCGGUAAUGAAUGUUGACCAGAAGAACACGAUCUCGGGCGCUGCUGCUGCAGCAUUGCCAUUGGUAUCUCCACUAGCUACGUCUACAAAAGUGGGAAAUGGUCAGGAUUCCCUAGCUGUUUUAGCACACCCAGGGGAGACGGGAGUUGGUGCUUCUGCAGUGGCAGCAACACAAAAGAAGGAAGUUGGGCUGGCAAGGGUUCAGGCAGACAAAAAGAAGAUGGAUGCGAGAAAGAAGAGUUUGAAGAGAUUAUGAAGGUGUUGAGGAAACGAGAUUGUAACUGCCAUAAUGGAUAGCCUAACUUUUUCUGUUUACUGAUAGAAAUGGGACAUGAAAGAAUUCGGGUGCAAUGCAUUUUUCAAUGAAUAUUUUUAUUGGGAAAAGUGAGAUUAAAUCUUGUUCCUUUCCA